AUGAGUACUCAAGGAAUAGAGGAUAAGGAAGUUCGAUGGGGAUGGUCGUUUAAGUUUGAACCUCAUUGGACAAGACAUGAAGAAUGUGGUAAAGUGGUGGAAGAAGCAUGGAGUGAUGGGGCAUUGGAUACGAUUGGACGACUGGAUAGAGUACGAGGGAGGCUGGAUGCGUGGAGUCGGGCGACCUUCCCAAAUUUUGGGAGAAAGAAGGACCGCAUCAAGCGUGCAUUACGAGCUCUGGACCGGAUGCCGGUCUCUGACCAGGUGUUAGGCCAGCGCAAACAACUUCUCUCUGAAAUGGAACAGGUGGAGGCCGAUGAAUAA